CGAGAGGGUUGCCCGAACCAUUCCCUAUACAGUCCCACUCAUCACAUAUCAUCUUACACGCCAUCAAUAUGACAAAGUUCAAAGUCACAGUGACUUCCGACACCGUCUGCCCUUGGUGCUAUGUUGGUCGCAGACAGCUCCAGGCUGCGCAGCGCCUUUGGGAGCAGAAGUACCCCGACUCAAACGACACUUUCGACAUUAGCUACAAGCCUUUCCAGCUAGCGCCUGAUUGGGCCCGGGGUCCUGCGUCGAGCAUCUCCAAGGAAAAGUUCUACCUCGAGAAAUUCGGAAGAGACCGCGUGGUUAAGAUGCAACAGCAUUUGAAGGGUGUCGGAGAGUCCCUGGGGAUCGACUUCAAGUUCGGUGGACAGACAGGAAACUCGAGAGAUUCGCACCGACUGGUCCAGCUUGCCAAGAAGCACGGCCAGGAUGCCGAGAGCAAGGCGCUCGAUGGGCUCUUCGCUGCGUACUUCGAGAAGAACGACGACAUUACCAACUACGAUACGUUGAGAAACGUGGCUGUCGAGGCGGGAAUCCCCGAGGAUGAGUUCCAGAAGGCCAUUGUCGAGAGCGACGAGGGUGGCCCAGAGGUUGACAAGCUUGCGGGCGAGGCGCGAUACAGUGGUGUCAGUGGUGUACCUGACUUUGUUCUUCAGGACCGGUUCCGACUCCACGGCGCCAACGAUCCGUCGACAUUUGUGAGCGUUUGGGAGAAGAUCAAGGCGGCUGGGCUGUAAUCGAAUUAAUCGUUGGGGGUGAUCAGAUCAGUCGCUUAGGGUGGUCAGAUUGAAACAAGACUUCUGUGCGCUUCUCGAGGACAUCGUUCCAGAGGUGUUGACCUUGAAAGCCUGGGACAUAGAAUAGUAAUCCGAUUUCCUGACUCGUCCACCAACUUGCCCUGUCCAUAUUGCCUGAGCCCAGUACUAGAUACUCGUCGUCAACGAGAGUCAUCUUGAAAUGACUAACGACGGGUUCGUCUUCUUGGUCGCGUCUCGCGUCGAGUUGCUUGUAGUAGAAGAUCUCCAGCUUGCCGGGCGCAGGCGAUUGCGCUUCAGGAUCCGAUGAUCGGGACUGAUUGCUAAGAGCAUUGUAUCUCUGGAUAAACUUGCGCAAACACCAGGAUGUCGUUGUGCCAGCCGUGACUAGCUGCUCGAUAAGCAUCAUACCCUUGCUAGUUCUGAUCUGAACAUCGACUCCACGUGCGAGCGCAUCUAACAGACUCUCCACAACAGGCCAAGAAGUGACGUUAGGAGUGAGGAUGGUGAUUCGUCGCUGUGCGUUGUUGAACAGGGUAAGAAGCGCUGCGUUCAGAGGCGUCAUUGGCGGAUCUGUCUGCGACAGAAAUGGGAAGAAGGAAAACCGAGGGUUCCGAUGAUGCGGCGAAGGGAGAAAGAUGGUCGGAACUGGGCCGUUGGCAGGGAAGUCGAUGGAUUGCGUUGCCGACACUUCGCUGUUGACCUGUAGUUGAUUUGGCGCUCUUUGAUCAACCUGCACAUCUUCUUGGGAGUCAGGUCGUCGUUGAGGUUCAUCAUCAUGACCCCAGACGCGGUCAUAAAAGGCCAAGAGACGAUCGACAAUAGCACCCUCGACCUCGACGCAACCUUCGAACCAUCGCUCCCAGCUG